CGAUAGUACAAUUGUGAUGGACGAUGACUCUACCCUGAAGGAAUCUCAUGUCCUUCAUGAGUACCCAGAGGAAAGAAUGACAACCUUGAUAGUGCCCUUAGAAGCAGCAGAAACUCUACAGCCUAAUUCUGUUGACCUAUCAGGGGGAACAUACUGAAUUGCAGGAGGAAAACCUUCAAGUAUUUGGAACUGUUUUACAAGAGGAGGCACAGUCAAUUGAGGAUCCUUUUCAGAAUGUAGAUAUUCAUGAAUAUUCUUCAAAGGAGUCACAGACUACAGGUCAGAGUCUUAGAAAUAUUGAAGCUACUGACAAGGAGUUGCAGGAUAAUGAGCCUGAGAUUAUAGAAGGUGACUAUACCCUUGAGCAGUUGUUUGCUCUAACAAAAACAUCCGAUGGUACAGAUGAUAUCGAAGGAAAGAGGGAAGGAAUAGCCUUUCCUGAGGAUUCUGAAUUUGUCCAUCACCAGCCAGCAUUAGAACCCACAUCUGGACCCAAGAAUAUUGCCAAGUUAGAUUUUGAUGCUGUUCAAAAGCGAGGGACAUACACAGACGUUGAAGAUGAACUGACUUCCUGCCAGAGAGAAAAUCUUCAAGAAAUAGGAACCACCGAGACUAUAUUUCUCCAGGAAGAUGGAUCUGGCUUGAGUGAGUCCAUUGCCCUUCAUGAAUAUCCUGAGGAAAGAACAACGACCUUGAUUGUGCCUUUAGAAGCAGUCAUCGCCAGGAAGGCGAAUCCUGUUGACAUUUCUGGAGAACUCGCAGAACUGCAAGAAGAAAACCUACAAGCAUUUGGAUCUGCUGUGCAAGAAGAACCACAAGCACUUGAGGAUCCACUUCAAGGUGUUGAUAUCCACGAUUACAGUUCAAAAGAAUCUGAGAGUUUGAGUCAGCUUGAUGAAAAUAUGUCAAAGAAUGAAUCACAAGAAAGUCCCACUUAUGGUGAUAGAGGAACAGUCAAGCAGGAACAGGACAGAGCCACUCCUUCCCCUACCUUAACACCAGACACCUGUUCUCUGCACCAGGUACCUGAGGACACAAAAGAUGUUAAAGUAGGAACUCUAAUCGCUGUCUUAGCUCCUGAAGGAGAGGACUGGAAAACCAUAGAAAUCCCAGCUGGUGAGGAGUCGGCAGCUUCUUCAACUGCUGCUGAAGCUGCUCCUGCAACGGCUGCAGCCGGGGGGGGCCAUGCUCAUGGCAAUUACGGGCCAUCGGUUCGGUUGCUGCUGGAGCAGUAUGGACUGACUGCUGAGCAGGUGCCUCCUGGGGGCCCUCACGGAAUUCUUCUAAAAGGAGAUGUUCUGAAGUAUAUCAAGGAAAGAGGUCUAAAGCCACUCCCAGUAUCUGCAGUACCACCACCUGAAGUACCAAAAGCUGCUGCUGCUGCUGCUCCAGUGGCACCAGCUCCUACACCAGCUGUUCCAGCUCCUCCACCAACUGUUGGAGUGUCUGAGGAUGGGUAUGAAGAUAUUGAAGUCACCAGCAUGAGGAGAACCAUUGCUAAACGAUUAACACAGUCCAAGAGUGGAAUUGCUCAUUCAUAUGGCACUCUUGAAUGUAAGUCAGACAAACUCCUGGCCUUGAGAAAACAAUACAAAAACGAGGGGAUGAAUGUGAGUGUAAAUGACCUCAUCAUCAAGGCAGUCUCUGUGGCCCUUGCUAAGUGUCCGGAGAUGAACUGCGUCUGGCAAGGGGACCAGCUUACAUAUGCCAGUCAAGUAGACAUGAGUAUUGCAGUGGCCACACCCACAGGCCUCAUUACUCCCAUUGUUCGUGGUGCAGACGUGUUAGGUAUUGAGGAGAUUGCAAGCCAAGUACGUGAUCUAGCAACCAGAGCGAGAGAGAAUAAACUGAAGCUAGACGAAUUCCAAGGUGGAACUUUUACGAUCUCCAACUUGGGUAUGUUUGGAAUAAGCGAGUUCAGUGCGAUUAUCAACCCUCCACAAUGUGGCAUUUUGGCUGUGGGUUCUGGGAUUGUAAAAAUUGAUGAGAAUGGUUCACCCGUCACAUGCAUGAGAGCCACUCUGUCAUAUGACCGUGCUGGCGUGGACGAUGACACAGCCGCUGCCUUCCUUGAAGAGCUCAAAAAUAUUCUUGAAAACCCAGCUACUAUGAUGCUUGGAGGCUACAAAUCACAAGUGGACCACCCCUUAGCAGCCUUACUAUAGUGAUACUACAGGACCAUCAUGAUCUAUUCGAAAUGUUAUCAUUUUCAUCCUGUAUAAUUUAUUAUGUGAUUUAGUUUUUUAGACUAGCAUCACUGGAUUUUGAGGGAAAUUUGUUUUGAUUUAUGAAAAUUAUUCAUAGUAGAGCCAAAGAUAUUUGGUGUAUAUUGUGCAGUUUUACGGUUGUAGAACUAUAAAAAAGCAAAAUUGACAUGUAUUUAAAUCUAUAAUUUAAAAUAUAAGCACCUUACUAGGAAAUGGUGACUUUAAAGAGAAUAAAAUAUUGGGAUAUACAAAGUUAUGGUGCAAAUUUUCAAACAGAUUAUAUAUUAUUUGUAAAUAAAAUAGUGAUAUUUGCUCAGUUACGAAAAUUUGAUUUAAGUAACCAUAAUUGUUUGUCGAUCAAUACAAGCCUAUAUGUUUUAAUGACGAGAAUAGAUCCUAGUGUUAUCAGUAAUAAAAGGAUUUCAGAUAAUAAUGGGAAUUGGAACAACAUAAAGCAUUUAUACUGUCAGGUUGUUGGAUAUUAGUUAUCAUUUUAGGCAUCCCUAGGAGACUUUGUUAUGUAAAUAUUUAUUGUAAAGAAAUAUAAUAAAAGUAUGAAUGUA